GAGAACGUGUUUGCUGGGCAGUCAAAGAUCUAUGCCUACAUGAGUCCCAACAAAUGCUCUGGAAUGCGCUCCCCUCUUCAGGAAGAGAACUCAGUUGCACAUCACGAGGUCAAAUGCCAGGGGAAACCAUUAGCUGGAAUCUACAAGAAGCGAGAAGAGAAAAGAAAUGGUGGGAGUACGAUCCGAAGCUCUGUGAAGUCCGAUGAACAGAAGAUCAAAGACGCCAGGAGAGGUCCCCUGGCACCUUUUCCAAACCAAAAAUCUGAAGCAGCAGAACCUCCAAAAACUCCACCCCAGUCAUGUGAUCCUACGAAUACAGUGGUUGCCAAGCAGGCCUUGAAAAAGCCCCUCAAGGGCAAGCAGGCCCCUCGGAAAAAGUCUCAAGGGAAAACACAGCAGAAUAGAAAAUUGACAGAUUUCUACCCGGUGCGAAGGAGCUCUAGGAAGAGCAAAGCUGAGCUGCAGUCUGAAGAAAGGAAAAAAAUUGAUGAGCUGAUUGAGAGCGGGAAGGAAGAAGGCAUGAAGAUUGAUCUCAUUGAUGGAAAAGGCAGAGGUGUGAUUGCCACCAAGCAGUUCUCUCGGGGAGACUUUGUGGUAGAAUACCAUGGGGACCUCAUUGAGAUCACCGAUGCUAAGAAGCGGGAGGCUCUGUAUGCACAAGACCCCUCCACAGGCUGCUACAUGUACUAUUUUCAAUAUCUGAGCAAAACCUACUGUGUGGAUGCCACUCGAGAAACUAACCGCCUGGGGAGGCUGAUCAACCACAGUAAGUGUGGGAAUUGCCAGACCAAACUGCAUGACAUCGACGGCGUGCCUCACCUCAUCCUCAUCGCCUCCCGAGACAUUGCAGCUGGGGAGGAACUCCUGUAUGACUACGGCGACCGCAGCAAAGCCUCCAUCGAAGCCUACCCUUGGCUGAAGCAUUAACCAUGUGGCCUCCCUGCCUCCCUGCCACCCUGCCUCCUUCAAAGGACAAAGUGCCCUCAAAGGGAAAUGAUUUUUUUUUACACACUUACUCUUAGCUAAUUACUUCAAAUGUUUUUAAAAAGUAUAUUAAAGAUGCCUUUUCAUGUAGUAUUUAAAUAUCUGUUACAGGUUUCCAAGGUGGACUUGAACAGAUGGCCUUAUAUUACCAAAACUUUUAUAUUCUAGUUGUUUUUGUAUCUUUUUGCAUACAAGUUGAACGUUUGUGCUUCCCGAGCAGUCUAGGACUUGGCACAGGUGGUUUUAGAGAAUGGAGUCGAACAUGAACUAGGAAGCCGGGCUCUGCCCAAGAUGAAAGCCAGGACUCCCCCACACCCCACAUCCAAGGACAGGCGGGUGUGAGGGUGCUGCCACCACCCAUGCACAGCCUGGACGGGAUGUCUCCAAGCUCUUGUUCUCCUCAUCGUCUUGAUAGGCAUACACAUUGACGUGUAUGAAUAUUUUUUACAAAGGUUUCACAGUAAGCUAGUCUUCCCCUCUGCUUUCUCCAAAGCUUACUGAGCCCGGGGUUUGGAGGCCCGGCCGGGAACAGACCUCUUCACAUGCUUUUGGCUUUUCCAGGCACCUCGAAGCAUCAGGGUGGGCAGUCAGACUAGAGGCAGGUCGGGAAAAGCACUGUUCUCCUGCCCCAAUGGGGCAGGUCUCCUGAAACUGCAUUAAUUCUUUAUAGAAAUGUGAACACUGAAUUUAUUUUAAAGAAAAAAAAUAAUAAAAAACCAAAACAUUUUAAAAAAAAAUCAAAAAAAAAGAAAAAAAUGAAAAAAAAAAACCACAGAAAACAACUUAUAUGUAUAUAGGGUUUGAAGGGAGUGAAAUGACUGCUUUUUUUGUUUUUGAUUUGUUUUUUGUUUUUGCUUUUUUUUUUUUCUGGGGUUCCUUUAUUUUUAUCUUUUUGGCUUGGCUGGCUGAUUUGUGUAGAGAAUAUUUGAGAUGGUACUUUAUUCUAAUCAAAAGUAAGGUUUUGUAGUGGGACCAGAAAUUACUAAGCCUGUACCCCACCCACCCCAUCCACAACCCCGAUUCUGCUGCGUGGAAAGUUCUCUACCUGCUGAGUAUCCCAUGAAGAUGCUGGCAGCCAGAGGACCAGGAUGAUAGUUAAGUUCUUAACCUGUGAUAGCAGAGGUAGGUGACUUUCUUCUCCCUGGGAAGGACUAGUUCUCGCCAUUCACCUUUAGUCUAGGGGCUGGGGCUCUGGAGCCAGGUAUGAGAACCUACCCUUGUCCCCAACACCUCCCCCUAGCCCCCAGCCUCAUGAUGGUGCUACCUAAGAAAGUCUUCCCCACACCCCUUGCUAGCCUGGUCAGUGGUCAGACUUGGAGGAGGAUCCGAAAGGAGGGUGUAACUGUGAGAUAAAAUGUCUUGGUUGUACCUGUUUGUGGCUUAGCUUUGUAUUUAAAUAGCAAACAAAAAAGGAAAUAAACUUGAAAAUUAUUUGUCAUCAUAAAAAUAAAGCAAAAAAAUUAAAAUAUUUAUUGCCAGGCAA